ACUCCGAUUCAAUCUAUCGGCGUGUGUUUUUGGGGACGGGUAGUUGGAGUAGGAGUCGCCGGGCGGCUGUGCAUCUGAAACGCCUUUCGGGAAAGAAACGCGAAUGAAAAUUGCACCACAGACUGAAGAAACGACCCCCGCAGACGACUUCUGUGAAAUUAUUCAACGUAACGACUGCGCCACACGCACAACCAACAAACGCAACCGGGCUAUCAAAUGCUAGCCAGCUAGCAUCCCUGAAAACGGACGGGAUCAAGGUGUUGAUAGUUAGCCUCCCAGCUAAUUACCCAUCAGCUAGCAUCGUCCUGCCAUAGCAUUAUUAGCUUGCUUCUCCACCUCGCGCAAGUCGAAGCCGAACGUUGCUCGUGGCGGUGCCUUUCAGCUCGCGAGCACCAAAUCCCAUUUUCAGACGACCAACGGACCACGGAGCCUCCGAACUAGCUGCUGCCGGGGACACCGUCUGCGUUGCGUUAGUUGGCACCAUCACACCCAUCUCCCCAACCCUUCACCUCUGCCCCUGUCCCACCACCAGAAACACUGGAAAUCCACAAGCGGCCGGUGAGCGGCGAAGGGCCAGCGAAGCUGGGGGUGGUUGCGGUACCCGACUCGCCGGGAGUCGUAACGGCUACAGACAAGCUCAGCUGUGGGGAACUACCGACAAGUAUGGACGGGCUGGCCGUGGAAGUUCGCGGCUCGAAUGGGGCCUUCUACAAGGGUUACAUCAAAGAUGUCCACGAAGACUCGCUAUCAAUUGUUUUUGAAAACAACUGGCAGCCAGAGCGACAGUUGCCCUUCAGCGAUGUGCGGUUGCCUCCUCCAGCCGAAUACAACAAGGAUAUUGGUGAAGGAGAGGAGGUGGAGGUUUACUCGAGGGCCAACGAGCAGGAGCCAUGUGGCUGGUGGCUGGCCAGAGUCCGUAUGAUGAAGGGAGAAUUCUACGUGAUAGAAUACGCCGCAUGCGACGCCACAUAUAACGAGAUUGUCACAGCGGAGCGCAUCAGGCCCCUCAACCCCAACAGCCCUUCUUCUCGAAAUUCCUUUCACAAGGUCCCCAUCCCCAUCCCAGAAGAUCUGAGGGACAUCUGUGAAAAUGACAACAUUCACAAAGAGUUCAGGAAAGCAAUCGGAGCCAACUGCAUCUUCUACAGUGCCCAAACACACGAACUCAUUGUGCUGUCUACCAAUGAAACCACAGUAAAGCGUGCAUCUCUUCUGAGCGACAUGCAUUUCCGAAGCAUCCGUACCAAACUAAUGCUUAUGUCCCGCAACGAAGAAGCCACCAAACACUUGGAGACAAGUAAGCAGUUAGCAUCAGCAUACCAGGAGGAGGUGAAGGUCAGGGAGGACCUGAUGGGCCUAGCCAUCGGUUCCCAUGGUGCCAACAUCCAGCAGGCAAGGAAGGUGCCCGGUGUCACAGCCAUCGAAUUGGAGGAGGAAAGCUGCACAUUCAGAAUCUACGGAGAGUCACCAGAGGCAGUAAAGCAGGCUAGAGAGUUUCUGGAAUUCAAAGAAGACUACUUUCAUGUACCCAGGAACCUUGUUGGUAAAGUCAUCGGCAAAAGUGGCAAAGUCAUCCAGGAGAUUGUGGACAAGUCGGGUGUGGUCCGGGUGCGGAUUGAGGGAGACAACGACAAGAAGCUUCCCCGGGAGGAGGGAGGCAGGCCGGCGCCGGUCAGGGACGACACUGCCAGCAGCAAGGAGGGCCUGGUUCCCUUUGUGUUCGUGGGAACUAAAGAGAACAUCAGCAAUGCGCAGGCUCUGUUGGAGUACCAUGUGUCCUACCUCCAGGAGGUGGAGCAGCUGCGCCUGGAGCGUCUCCAGAUUGACGAGCAGCUCCGCCAGAUCGGGGUUGGGUACCGGGCUCCUCCCACUCGAACCGGGGGCCCCGGUGUAGAGCGGGAGAAAGGCUACCUGACCGAUGACAGCACGAACUCACUCCACACCUCACGCACCUAUGGAGGCCGCGGGAGAGGGCGCAGGCCCUCCAACGGCCAGUACUCCGGAUAUGGCACAAACUCUGAACUGUCUAAUGCUUCUGAGCCGGAGGAGGUUGGCGAGCGAGAGCAGCGCCCCCGCGGCAUUGGUGGUGAUGAAAGAGGCUCCCGACGCGGCGGCAGGGGCCGAGGCGCUAACUCAGGACGAGGCCGUGGAGGGCCAGCAUCCAAGCCCUCCAACUCCAUCAGCUCAGUGCUAAAGGACCCAGAUAGUAACCCGUACUCCCUGCUGGAGGGUGAGGGAGAGCUGGCCGAUACAGACAUUGCUGACGGCGUGGCAGGAGAACGCCGCAGACGCUCCCGCCGUCGCCGCAACGACCAGGAGCCCAGCGUGAUGGACGCCGCCACAGAGUCGGACAACCAGGCCGGUCCCAGCGAGAACGGAAUGGAUGACGAGGCCCGACCUCAGCGCCGCAACAGAAGCCGUCGCCGUCGUAACCGUGGCAACCGCCCAGAUGGCGGUUCAGCCAGCCGUGACAGACAGACAGCAGAAAGUGUGUCUGUUGCUGACUACAUAUCCCGUGCAGAGUCCCAGAGUAGAGAGAACCUGCCGCAGAAGGAAAACCACAAUGGCCCAGAGCCCAAGGAGAACGGGACCAGUGCCACUAAGGAUGAGCCAACACCCUCAAAGGGUUCCCCUAACAAAGGCAUGAGCUCAACUAGCGAGACCCUGGCCUUGGUCAACGGGGUCUCGUAAGGAGAUGGCCGUGCCCCUCGCGAACCCAAGUCUAGAGCAAGACUCCAUGGCAAACUCUGUCCCUGCUUGCAUUAACUUAAACCUUAAACUGAUGAGUGAAAAGUACCUGACAAAAUACCUGAAUUCAUACUAUGAGUGGAAAAAGUACAAAAAAACGACAAACGCAUCUACUUAAAAACACACGUUAACGGUGUAUGCUAUCCUAUCUAUCAGUACUUAGUGCUUAUUUAAAAAAAAGAAAAGAAAAAAAAAACUAGCUUGCCAAAAAGAGCUGGUGGAUAUGACUUGAUUUUUAAAAUACUGAAAUACGAGAAACAGGACGAGACUUUUUUUUUUUUUGUUUUUGAAACGGUUGUCUUUAUUUGUGUAUUUUCGUUCAUUGUUUAUCACUGGUUUGGACUCGGCGGGUCGCUCUCUCAACCAAAACAGUCGCGUCUCUUAAAGUGCAGUUGAGAGGGAUGUAAGCUGUAGGGAGCGGCGUACAAGCAGACAGUUCAAUAGCUUAUGUGACGCGAUGUCCGCACACUGAACCUGGGUGGAGGCAGACAGACCGAUCGGGAUAUUGAUAGACAUUGUGCCUUGAAUUUGAAAAAAAUAAAAAUAAAAUAAAAACUCGAGCUUUUUCAUUUAAGUUUGUUUUUGUUUCCCAAGAGGAAGAAAAAAGCGCGAGGUGUUGUACCAGGUUUAGUUGUUUUUUAGAGGUAGUGGGUGGGGGUCUGAAAAGAGAACAGAGGAGUAAAAUGAGUGAAUAGAGGAAAACGAAAGGGUGGUUAGCCAACGCAAGGCGAAAAGAAGUCCGUGCCAAACACGAAAUUCAAGGCGCUCAUUCCGUGUAGGGUGGACGGCUUAGGGGUCAACGUGCCUUCGUACAUGGACGCGUACAUAUGUGUGUUUGUGUGUGUGUGCACAGUGGAGAUAUUUGGCAACCGCAAAACAAAACUGAGAGGGAUGAGGUAACUAAGCGCGGCGGGUCGCACGGUGAUCUUGUUGACGGGCCAGGGGUGGGGUCGUUUGAGGGUCCAGGGCGGCUCCCUGGCAGGAAGGGACGGGACGGGACAGGACAGGCUGAGACCAGACCGAGGGCAGACUUGAACUGUAGAUUUAGACUUAAAGAGAACUAUACCGUGCCUCUUUCUCUGUGGCGGCGGUGCUAGCUUCCAGCCACACUAGUGUCUUGAUAAACCACUGCAGCGCACCGCUCCAGAUGCACACAAGGGCGACCACCUUUCUGGGCACGGGUGCUGCUAGUGGACGGGGGAGGGCGGGGGGGUUAGGGGUUCUUGACUGGGGAUCGGGAUAGCUUAAAAUAACACGAGAGCCACGAAGACACACAGGCCCACACUGGCAGGACACAUGCAUUCAUGCACACACACCCGGCGCGGGCGCAAGUCGACGUGUUCACCUGCGUGGCGCCAAGUGGAGGUCGGCGGCAGGAAAAAACGAACAAAACGAGCGAGGUGUCGGUCUUGUACCUGGCGGCUUUGGGUUGACAAGCGGGAGCACGAGAGGAUGUCGGAAAACUCGGCGGCUCUCUGCUCAUGUUGUUACUGUUGUCUUGGUUACCGCUCACAAGGUUGUUGUUUUUUUUGUUGCUAUUUCCACAUCUUAGAAAAAAAACAUGAAAUAAAAGAUUUAAGUGAAAUCAACCUCUUCUCUGGAGACGAACUUUGAUUUGUAUGUCUUGUGAGUUUGCAGUCUAUUUUUCUAUCGUGCAUGGUAUUUCGUUAACGAGUAUUAAGUGGUGCCUGUCCUGUGCAUGAGGAAAGGGUGUUAUUAAUCUGACUUACCAAGCCAUUGUUCCAUUCACUAGAAUUGCUGCUAAUGUACACAUUGAAUGUCCAACUAACAUAGAAACUCAAUCUUGAAAAGCGAGACGCUAUUUGUGACUUGUGACAAAUACAGUGCGACCGCCCCAUACGCCCCCCACGAUCCGUCAAGAAGGCCCUCGUUUUUAACGGUGGAUAGGAUUCAGGAAGGAACACUGUCCCUUCGCUCUCAAGUGGUCGGAGUCUCACAAAGUAUUACCUUUUUUUUAGGAGGGCAACGUUGUGCUCGACAAGCAGGCGUCCACAUGACCAAAGGUUUAGAGAAACAGGUGAAAGGGAUUGUGGUUGAGAUGACCCAGAUGCUGCUGUCGUACAUUUCUGCUCGCCCGUAUAUUGUGAUUUUAUUAAGAAUGAACGAGCACUUGAGUCUUUGUACCCCGGUUCAGUCGCAUGUGUGUGAGUGGAGGACGAAGCCCCUAUCUGGUGUUUGUGUUUACCUUUAUACCUCAGUGUGAGUACGGUCUAUCCUUGUGUAUCUGUACCCCUUGCGUCCUAUUGAAAGACGUGCGUGUGUGUGUGCGUGUGUGCGCGCUGGUUGUACAGUCGACUCCUCACUCUUGUCAGAUUUUUGUCUCUGGUUUUCUCACUCAUGUUCUGAUGGCAAUAAAGGACUUUUCAAUGUUUGGUAUA